UUUAGGUGUAGCACGCGUGGCGCCAUGUGAGUUGUCAAAAACAAAUACCGUUGUUGAGGAAAAUCAGCUUAGGUGACCCACCUAUCUUAUAUAUUCGCAGAGUCCAUUUUGAUUUUGUAAAUCACAUAGUUGAGCAAAAUGGUGGGGAAAAUAACGCGAUCGCGGCAGAGACUUCACCAGGGCGCUGUACACAUGGAGGGGAGAAACCCCAUUUCACUGAAGCUAGAUGUGCAGCUAAACAGAGAACCAGCUCGGCCAGAACCGCACGGUAAAGCGGGUAAUAACGCCAAGGACGGUGAGACGUUUACUUUCCCCAGAGGAAUCUUUGCGGGGACCAAAAUCACCCCCGAGGCUCUGGUACAGACUCUAAAAUACGACGAGACUUCAGCGGUCCGGACAGCAGAAAGACAAAAAGGUGGAGGGAAGAGGAUGCACCAGUCGAAGAAGGACAAGAUGAAGGAGAGGAGAGAGAGAUGGCUGAACAAGAUCAACGCAAUUAAGCUGGCUCGCGAGCAGCAGGUGGCGCUGGCGCGCCGGAAGGCCACGCCCGUGGUGGGGGACAUGAAGCCGCUGGCCGAUGCCCUUCCCGAGCUCUGUCAGCUCCUCCCCUCUGUCAGAGCACACGCCCCCAUCUCCGGCCUCAGGAAACAGAGAGGACGGACACACCCGCGCGGGCACGUUCUGUCGCACAUGAGAGCGGUUAAGAAAAAAGCCGAACCCACGGACUACUGCCAGAUGAAGCCUGCGCAGAAACGGAAACUGCUGGAGGUGGAAGCCUCUCGCUUCAGUGAGGCGGUGAAAGACCCCACCUUCAAAGCCAACCCUCUUGUUGCGAUUGGCGAACACCUGCGGAAACGCCUCAGACAGGAAGAUGAGCAGAGCUGAACCCGCGCUGUUCCUCAACAGACUGUUCCGUACCAGACAUACUGAUGUAACAUACACCCGACCCAACGACCUAUACCCUGGCUGUGCUAAACCAAGGGAGUGUCCUAAUUUAAAUCUAAAUUUAAACAUAAUUCAAGGAGCAAUCCAGUCAAUCUAGAGCUUCUGAAUUACAAAGUCACUUUAUCCUACAAUGCUUUUCUGAUCUGGCUUUAUGUCCACACUACACUGACCUAGGCACACCGAUUCAUAUAAAGAGAAUGCAUUCUACUACAAGGUACUGUUUACCACUGAUCUGAGACCAGUUCUGUAAAUUGCCUUAGAAUUGUUUUGAUGGUUGUAUUUGGGAGUAUAGAGCUGGCUCAGGCAACAUAAUGAGUACCAUAACUAAAUAAAUAAAGUCUACAGAGGGACAAAAUGUUUCAGUUCAGUGUUAGUUAUGUGCACACAAAUCUCAUUCUCAAUCCAGAUUAAAGAAAAUAAACCCA